GAAUCGCUGGCGUCAUGCACAUGUUUGUAAAUUGUUUCAAUUUUUCAAAUUUUAUUUCGUGAAGUUUCAUCGAUUUUUUGCGUGUUCUUUUAAUUUUUUGGGGAGAUUUUUAAAGUAAUAUAAUGGAUGUUUUCCCAUCUGAAGUGUACCCGUCUAUCGACGCGAUCGACCAUUCCCCAGGUAUUUAAAACCAUCCAUUUUACUUUAUGACGUUUUGUCUUUUGAACAUACUAUUAAUAUCAUAUAGAGUUUACAACACAUGAAAUAUGCCUUAUGACUGUGGUAUCAUUCAUAACUUGGGUAAAUUAGAUCGAAUUAACUCCAAGCUGAAAAAUAGCUUGGCCAUGGUGGGACUCGAACCCACAACCUUUAGUUUGCAAUCUCAUUGCUCGACCAAGCAAGCUACAAGGUCAGGUGGUUUGAGUAGAUGAUAUUUUUGAAACUCAGUCUAGUGGCAUUGACCACCUCACAGAUGUUAGGUGUGGUGUUAUCAAUGAAUGUGACAUCCGGUUUUGUAAUCUUUUAACAACACCCUAACAGUCAUUCUAAACCGUCACCCACAACAAACUACCACAAGGUGGUCAAACCAUAGCAUAGUUAGCAUCAUUGUUUGUGCAUCCUUUCGAUUAGGACAGAGAAUGUGAAAGUCAAAAAGAACAAAUUAAAAAAAUACCUUUUCUCACACUAGAUGGCAAGCUCGCAAUUGGGUCGUCAAAACUGACAGGUCGUUACUGGAACGGUUCGUUAUGGUUGUUCAAGACGCCCGACCAAGCGCCGGACAGUAUAUACGCACCCGAUAACAAACACUGCAGCUGUUGUGCUUCAACAGACGCCGGUUGCACGGACCUUACCUGGCUUGACGAGAAACGCUUGGCGUUUGCGUCGGAUAAUGGUAUCAUCGAGAUCUGGUCUACAGGAGAAAGCUUUAAUGAAGUCGAGAUAUUGGCCAAUUUAACAGGACAUGAUGAUAUUGUGCAAAGCAUUUCGGUUAAUUGUGACAGAGUUAAAAUUGUUAGCGGUAGCUUGGAUAUGAGGUUAGUGAAAUGUGAUGAUGAUGGUGGUAACGAUGAUGGUGGUGACGAUGAUGAUGAUGGUGAUGAUGAUGGUGACGAUGGUGAUGAUGGUGGUGGUGGUGAUGAUGAUGAUGGUGAUGGUGACGAUGAUGAUGGUGAUGAUGAUGGUGGUGAUGAUGAUGGUGGUGAUGAUGAUGACGUUCAUCUGAUGGUGGUGAUGAUGGUGGUGAUGAUGAUGAUGGUUGUGAUGAUGAUAAUGGUGGUAAACUGGUGAUAAUGGUUAAUGGCAUGGCAAUCGGGGUCAUUCCAAAUUGAUGCUUUCAUCAUUACCAUAAAAUCUUCCUCGUUGUUUUGCAGCAUUAGAGUUUGGGAUCUUGAAAGGGAAGCUUGUACAGACACAUUUCAAGGUACAGAUGCAGGACUAUAAUAGGAUCAAAGACCUGUUUCACUUGAGUGUAUUUUACAAUUCAUGAUUUGAGUAUAAAUUCAUGUUAUUUUAUCAGGUCAUUCUGAUGCUGUACAUGGAGUGUGUUUCAGGCAAGAAGAAAAAGAAAUCUUUGCAUCUGCCUCAGAGGUUAGCAAUGUUAGAUUGACUUCGAGUCAACAGUUUGUAUUGGUAUUAAACUGGAUUUAUGUAUUUGUUCAGGAUGGUAGCAUUAUUUUGUGGGAUCUUAGAAAUGACAAACCAGCAAGACGGUUGUUAAGUAAGUAUACCAAAAUAACUAGUAUAAUUUGAGUGUAAGUUCAGUGUGCAAGACUCAAUCUGUCCCUUGACAAGUAAAAUUGUCUGGCAUCAGACAAGUAAAGUAAUAAAGACUGGUGCAUCGGGCGCAGAGCUUAAUAAUGGUUAAUCUUAAUGGCAUCAUUGCGAAGAGUUCUUUGUGUAGUAAUAGAUAAAAGAGUGUAUAGUUAUAAUUUGUUUCAUUCAUUUAGACUCGAGCCAUCAUUCAGCUGCUCCUCUAUGUCUGGCCUGGGAUCAAACUGGAAAAUAUUUAGCAAUAGGUGAGGAAUGAUGCCUUGAAGCUCCAUGAACGAUUGUCUUGAUGGACUACAUGUCCGCUUACAGCAUUUAUACACAGAUAAACCACCAGACAAGCUAUAUAUUCUUUACAAGUUCAUACAGAUGAAUCACCUAAGUACAUUUUUGUUUUGCAUUUAUACACUCAGACAUAUUGUCAAAAGUUGGUCAGGAUGGAUCAUUCAUCUCCAUUGCAAAUAAUAGAAUAUUAUGAAUACAAACUAGAUCUGUCAAAUUUGGGAGGUUUAACAUUUGGUAUUUUUCUCCUAGGCUAUAAAGAUGGCAGUAUUUCAUGUUACGAUUUAAGGAAUAUCGAUCAACCAGUAUUCAAGCGGAAACCUCACUGUCGAGAUGUCAAUGCCGUAGCAUUCUGCCCAAAAAGGUACAUACAGAUUGGGCAGGGCGCGAAAUAACGGCUGGAGGGGUGCCGGUCAAGGUGACCGGCCAACUCAAUUUUAGCUCGGACAUACCGUAUUUCUGGCCGGUCAAAUUAUUCAGCUUAAAGCAAAGCCUAGUAAAGUAUAUCCCUAAAAAUGUGACCAUUUUCCCGUAUAGCAUUACAAAAAGCCUUACUGUAAUCAGUAAUUAAAAAGUCCUUCACAUAAAACAACUUGCACUGCGCUAACUAAUAAUUAACUCUUAAGCCAAAAGCAUGGCCAUGGGCUUUAAUUGUGACGUACUGCGUGGGAAAACUGGCGUACAUUGCAUUUAUUUUCCCGCAAGAUAUUGGACAACAUGUUAUGGUUCUUAAUUAUAAUGCUUGACAACUUUGUUUUGAUUAUUAAUUCAAAUGAAGAUUAGUUGUUUGUUCUUUUACCAAAAGUAAUCGGUCAAAAUGACCGGCAAGGUAAGAAUUUGACUGGACAAUUCCGCAUUCUGGCCGGACAUUGUCCGUUGAUCGGCCGUUAUUUCGCGCCCUAAUUGGGUAGAAUUUCUAUUAGAGAUUAAUUAAUACUCGCCAAUAAUCUUGUUCACACAAAUUUUGCAUUGAGUUUCAUGUUAGACCGUCUAGUAUUGUGGCCUUGCACUAAUUUAUGUGGUGGCAAGUAGAAUUGGAAGAUAUAGUUUAAUUUUCUUGUUUAGGCCAUCGUGGUUGGCGUCUGUAUCCAAUGACUGCAUUGUGAACAUUUUAGAUCUUAAUGCUAACCAAUCAUGGUAAGAAAUUACUGUUCAUUACAUCAUAUCAGGGCUUGCAAUAACAGCCGAUCAAUGAUUGGCAAGAAAUUGUUUAUGAUCAAUGGAAAAGCAGGAUUUUCAAUCAGAGAAAGCAGGGAAAGUCAUUACUGCUGAUCACCAUGAUUGGGAACUUUGGGGACGUUAUUUCAAGCCCUGUCAUAUUAACCCAUCGAGUGCCGGUGCUCUCAAUUGUCUGGCAUUAGACAGAGUGCAAUUUAUAAUAAAGUAGGGCACAUUGGGGCACAAUACAACUUAAUGGGAUUAAAGCUCGAGAUAUGUUUGUCUAGUAUUAGUGUAAAAUGAUGCAAAUAUGCUUGAUGCAUUGUGAAGCUUCAUGUUUUAUGGGAUUUCUAUCUCGAUUUGUUUAGCUAUCAAAAUAAUGACCAUAAAGAUUUUGUUCGUGAUUUGUCAUGGAGUCCCGUCGACGGCUGCUUACGAACAUGUGGCUGGGACACGCAGAUCAUACGACAUACCACAACCAUGAUAGAGGAGGGAAUGGAUGCUAAAGUAAACAAAACUGUCGCCUUGGAAACAAGUGUAAUCGCAAGAGUCGGAUGUAACGGUGUCAUCUCAACAGUGAAUAAGUCAAAUUUGAUAGAAUAGUCUAUGGUAUACAUACAAAAAAAUGUAAAAUAUAAAUAGUAUUUUCAUGCAUGAUUGUGUGAAGGUAUAAAAAAUUCUGAACUGCUUUUCUUAUAGUUGAAAGUGUCUUGUGUAAAUAACAUACCAUAACACUAACUCUUGUUAACAGUAAUGAAUUCUGUUGACUGUUAACCACCUCUAACAUAACCAGCUUAUUAAUGAAAAGUGAAAGAUUUGCUACCUAAGUUUACACUAUGCUCAAUCUUGCUACCCGUUCCACAUUGUUAUCUGUGCUCGGACUACCUAUUUACAAAGGCCGAGCAUGGAUAAAUUUGGUACAGGUACCGUACUAGUUUUAUUUGUACCAUACCGAAAAUUGAGCAUGGUGUAAACAGGCCCCUAGUGAACAAAAUCCUUGGUGACUACUGUAAAAUAUUUUUAUUUGUAGACAAUUCAUCUUAAUUUCGAAAUACAUUGAUGAAACGCUCCUAAAUGACAUAAUGUGAUGUCAACUUUUGCAUUGAAUUUUUCUCUAAAUAUUAGUUUGUUCAAGAAGCUUUAUUCUACUGUCAUACACUCUGACUCACUUUAUCUAGUUUAUGAUUACCACCUUUUAUUUGGUAUAAUACAUGGAGCAGCAUUUAGGCAGAGUUAGCAGACUUGAAAGCCAAAAUGAUUAAAACCAUGAUGGACAUUGAUAAUUUGACUUUGAAACAAAUCUAUUUCACAGUUCUUGAAGACCCCCUUGUCCAGAUAUUUUCUGGUCUUAAACAUAAAACUUUAAAAAGUUAGACCUGACUGCAUAGCAUACUACUUUACAGAGACGUGGGAUUUACCACAAUUUUGUUGAUCCGCAGCACACUCAGGGCUUGUCGAUGGCCU